UUUGGUGAAACUGACUCAUUUCCAGAAGCAGUUAAUAUGUGACUUUCUCAUUCCUUACAGACAGAGAAAAUAGAGGAAAGGUAAAAUAAGAAGUCUCUGCCCAAUCUCACUAUCUGGAGGACUGACAUGUCCAAUGUCUUGACACAAGACAUUAUGUAGUGUUAGUCAAGUCUAGUCAGGUGAAUCCUGGGCUGCACUCCUCCUUGGUUGCUGAUAUUUUACAAUGUUAGGAAUGGUUUUCCGGAAGUUAUUGUUCCGCCAUCAUUCUCUCCUGGUGAAGUUCCCAUUUCCAAAGAGAGCAUACUCUUCUUUGUCUGCAUCAAGGGUGACGAAACUACUGUCUGCAAACACUGAGUUAAAUGAUGUCAAGCCAACAGUAUGGACACAUGAUGUCUCAGCCUAUGCCUUUGCCAAGAGGAACCCAGGACACAGUAUUAUAGAUCUGCAUUUCUUUCACAUAUCAUCUGUAGCCUUGGAUGAGGUGAAGAUCGUGAAUGUUCCUGCAUUUGCUGAGUCUGUAUCGGAAGGGGAUGUGAGGUGGGAAAAGGCUGUUGGUGACAGUGUGGCUGAAGAUGAAGUGAUCUGUGAAAUUGAAACUGACAAGAUGGCAAUCCAAGUGCAUGCCCCAGCUACAGGAGUGAUUGAGGAAUUACUCGUGGGAGAUGGAGCCAGUGUCCAGGCUGGAGCAAAGCUCUUCAAGCUUCAUAUCAAUGGAGAGGCACCAAAGAAAGCAGAAGCAGUAUCCCCUGAGAUAAAGGAGAAGCCAGUUGAGCCGAAAAAAGAAGUUGCACCCCCACCUCCUCCUCCUCAUGGAAAGGAGGAGCUACACCUGAGAUCCCCUGAUUUCUUGAAACCUCCUCCACCACCACCACCCCCUCCUGCAGGAGGAGGCAGGCCUCCCCCACCAUCAACCCCGUCCUUGCCCAAGGGCCCCAGGGAAACCAUUACCGCUGCACAGUUCCAGGCCCAGCCAGCCUUGGCUACCUCAACUUGGAUGAUGAACUCAUUUGUCAUUGAAGGAACGAGGAUGGAGCAGUGUAUCAAGAUGAACCACAUGCGUCUCAGGAUAUCGCAACGAUUGAAGGAUGCUCAGAAUGUCCAUGCCAUGCUCACCACCUUUAAUGAAAUUGAUAUGAGGGAAAGGCUGAAGGCCAAGGCCAAUCUAGAUUGUCUAGCAGGACAGGUGCUUGCCACAAGUCUCCUUGCUGUAUCAGGGUUGGUGAUCACUGUGACAACAUGGAAUGCUUACACUGAACAUCCUGCCUGUGCUAAAAGUGAGGGUGUAGCAGUAAUGUUUGAUCGCAAUGUCAUGGAGUUGAGGAAGACUCAUCAAGAAACAUUUGUAAAGAAGUAUGGAAUGAAAAUGGGUUUCAUGGCUGCAUUCAUCAAGGCUUCAGCCUAUGCCCUGAAGAAUCAGCCAGUCGUGAAUGCCAUCAUCGACGGUAACAAGAUCGUUUACAGGGACUACAUCGAUAUUUCGGGUCUGGUGGUGCCAGUGCUACAAAACGUGGAGGUGAUGAAUUUCGCUGACAUGGAGCUGGGUGUGGCAGCCCUGGCUGAGAAGGCACAGAAGGGAGAAUUGGCCAUCGAGGACAUGGAUGGAGGGACAUUCACCAUCAGCAACAGAGGCGUGUUCGGCUCCCUCAUGAUGACACCCAUCAUCAACCCACCCCAGUCGGCCAUUCUUGGCAUGCAUGUUAUCUUUGACAGACCUGUGGCCCGCAACAACCAGGCAUGUCCUCUUUUGUUUUCAACUUUUCUUGUGUUAUGA